AGUACUUCAUAAACUGCAUCCUCGUAUUCAAAAACUCGCUUUUUAAUAUUGUUUCGCCACCUUUUUUGACCCGUAGGAUUACAAUACAAGUGGAGAAUAUUGCCGUCAGUGUUACUUAGGUUUAAAGGGUGAAUUAAGCUGGGAUAUUAAGCGGCAGGCGAGGUUAGUUUGGGAUAAGGUAUCAUCCUUUCCAAACGAGGGCAGUCUCCCUCCAUCCCUCUUCAGCAUCCUUUUUUGCUGCAGUCACUAAGCUGGGAGUCCAUAACCGCCUGCCUGUCGUCUCUGUGGGGCCUAUACAAAAUGCCCAGCGUCACGGUGAAAGAUGUCAACCAGCAAGAGUUUGUCAAAGCACUGUCAGCUUUCCUCAAAAAGUCUGGCAAACUGAAGGUCCCAGAGUGGGUUGAUACCGUGAAGCUUGCCAGGCACAAGGAGCUUGCCCCCUGUGAUGACAACUGGUUUUACACCAGAGCAGCAUCCACGGCCCGCCACUUGUACCUGCGAGGAGGGGUCGGCGUGGGCUCCAUGAUCAAAAUCUAUGGUGGGCGCCAGAGGAAUGGCGUAUGCCCCGCCCACUUCAGCGUAGGCUCCAGGAACGUGGCGAGGAAGGUCCUGCAAGCUCUGGAGGGCCUCAAGAUGGUGGAGAAGGAUCCCAAUGGCGGUCGUAGACUGACCUCUCAGGGUCAGAGAGACCUGGAUAGGAUCGCUGGGCAGUUCAAGACCAGCAGAAGACACAAAUCCCUAGGAGGGUGGCGUCAGGAAGGACAAAAAUCUGUGCCAAAUCAAAUAUGUGGCUUCAUCCUCUGUGGUGAUCCCUUGUGAAUAUGGGAGCAGCCGAAAGAAGGUCUCUGCUGUCGGGAACUUUAACACUUAACGUGCUAACUGAGAGUUUAUCCAAGCUUUGUACGGAUGACCUUGGGGUGAAUUUGUUUGGUUUUCACAGCUGCCAUGAAUGUUUUCCACUUGUGAAUAAUCUUUCUCACUGCAAAAUGGACUUGAGAUCGUUUUGAAAUGAUCUCAUAGCCCCUCACAGAUUGACAGGCAGCAAGAAUUGCUUCUCCAAGGUGAUGUCUUUCUUUCUUGGCAUUGUGUUAAUGCACCCGAACGCUCCAGAGCAUCAGUCUGGGAAGGGUUAUGAGAUUAUUUCCAUACAAUCCUCCUUCAUCUGCUUUUAUAGAGGUGUUCGUAUUUGCAUAAUUUUAAGACCUGCUAAGGGCCAGAUGAUUUAUUUUUCAUGAUCUCAUACAUAAAACUCUAGAACUGAAAGAGUGUGCGCUUCCUUUUUUAUCAUGACUUUAGACACAUUUGAUACUUGCUUCAAAGACAUCAGAAAUUAAAUGUCAUUAUUGCUCAACCCUUUACAGCACCAGAUGUGCAGCAUACAGUUGAAGUGGCUCCCUCUAGUGUUGUAUCUCAGUUAUGGCAACAAUGUGAAACAAUCAUAUGUGAGAUAUUUCUUGGGAUCUCUAAAUAAAUACUGCAUGCCCUGUGUGCAGAGUAUAGCUUCUCAGUUUGUUAUAUCAGCACGACUGUCCUCUCUCCUCUCUCUUUAUUGUCUUU